AUGACGACCGAUCUGCCACCGGACAUACUUCUUUUCAACAUACUGCCAAGGCUGCCGGUGAAGUCUAUACGACGUUUUUUGUGUGUUUCCAGGCAGUGGCAGUCGUUCCUAACAACGCCUGUGUUUGCAAAGCUGCAACUCCACCAUGUAACCAACGACGACCAUCAAAAUCACCUCAAACUUCUGCUCUUAUCUUACACAACACCAUGCAACUUCUGCACCAUCGACUGUGAAACACCUAAAGAUGGUUUAACUGUCAGCCGCCCUUUACCAUUCGAAGACGGAAGUCGUAUGUAUAUAUCGAUUUUAGCAUCUUUGCAUGGAUUGAUAUGCAUAAAAAGGCGUCGGUUCAUCAAUGAGGUUGAAGAUACUGAUUUAAUUUUAUGGAAUCCCUUGACCAGUGACUAUAAGACGUUGUCUACACCCAGUUCUGAUAAGCAAUGUUUCAACAUCAAAUAUAGAGGUCGAUUUGGGUUGUAUUAUACUUCUUCUGACGAUGACUACAAGCUUUUAUGUGUGACCAAGUACCCGAAGGUGUAUAUAUACUCUUUGAAAUCCGACUCAUGGAGAAAGGUCGAGUCACCAAAGAGGACUUCCAAGCGCAUUUAUUUCCUGAUGCCAAGCGUUUUGUUGAAUGAAAAACUCUAUUUCUUAAAAGAGAAGCAGAUUUGUGGAGAACACCCCUCAUAUUUAAUUAUGAGUUUCUGCACAAAGACGGAAAAGUUGAGCGAGAUAGCAACUCCCCUUUUCAGACAGCAAAGGACAGAGCGUUGGGGUAUCGGAAAGGAAAGGACAGUGUGUAAGGAUUUCAUGGUUCUAAGAGGGUCCAUUCACUUCUGUGUGGCCUUUACAGAUUCUUUAGGUGAGUAUUCGACGAUUGAGUUGUGGAGGAUGAAUGCAGAUGGAGAUUGGACAAAGAUGAUAGCUUAUUCCCCAUUAGAGCGUGUUUUUCGUUAUGAGAAGCCACUGCAUAUUAUGAGGAAUGGAGAUUGGCUCAUGUAUCGUGAAGGUCAUGUUUACCAACGGGAUAUGAAGAAGCAUACCAAUGACAUCAUGUGUAGAUUUAAAGACAUGGAAAUCAAUCAACGCUGGAAAUACAUGGAGACUCUUGUGUCACCCAAUCAAUAUAUGACCAAGUAA